GCUGACAUCAUGGCGUCGUUCGGAGCUGGAAUCACCAGGGAGUCAGUGUUUGCCCGCGAGUAUGAGCCAGAGUUCAGCAAGAUGAUCUCUGGGUGCGGUGUGAGUAGCAUUGCCGAGUGGCUGGCAAAGCUGGGUUUGCCGCAGUACGAGAACAUCCUAGUUGGCAACGGUUACGACAGUAUCGAAUUCAUCGGAGGAGAUCUGGUGGAGAGCGCAGACCUGAAGGAGAUCGGCAUCAGCGACGACAGCCACCGGCAGACGAUUGUCCGCGCCGCGCGCGAACUCCCCGCUGUCGCGCCGAUGUGCGAGGACGGCGGCGGCGGCAGCGGCGGCGCCCCCUGCUCGCAGACCGUCGAGGAGUGGCUGAGGUGGCUGUGCCUGCAGGAGUACGACGACGCGUUCCGCGCGAACGGCUUCACGAGCAUGGAGCGAGUGCACAAGCUGUGGGAGCUGGAGCUGGUGACGGUUCUGGAGAUAAAUAUGGUUGGGCAUAGGAAGAGGAUGCUGGCUUCGUUAGGGGAGAGGCGGCCCCCGUCAUCUGCUUCCACACGCUACUCGUCCGAAAUCCGAAGUGUUGACCUCAGCACUACAACCGAGGAUGCUAUGCCUAGCCUCUCAUCUAAGCUAGACGACCUGACCUUCUUCAAAGACUAUACUAAAGUCCAGCUGAGCUCUCUUUCCUCUGCGCAGCAAUCGAAGGAUGUGCUUCCCAGCACGUCGUCCCUAUCAACGUCUGCCAGCUAUGAGCCUGAGGCCGGGGCUGUUUCGCAGGCCUCAAGUCACGCCACACUAGAGGAGAAGGAGAAAACAAAGGAGAAGAAGAAGAAAGCCAGCCCUGCAAAACAGUGGCGGCACAAACCAGAAGUUCUAACGAAAGGCUGCUGCAACUACAACGUUCUGUAUCUUGGCUCGAGGGUUGUGCGUGAUGUCAAGGGCUAUGAGUCGACUAAAGAAGCUAUCGUUCGCAUGAAGACACGGCAUAAAAAGGAGUCUACCAGAAAUAUAGCCAAGUUUCCUAUGAUUACGCUGUCUAUUUCACACAAAGGAGUUAAAUUUAUCGACAGCCAGUCUAGAAUGGUGAUAGCAGAGCAUGCAAUUAGGAACAUCAACUGUGCCUGCCAGGAUGCAGACGAUCUCAACUAUUUUGCCUACAUCACUAAAGAUCUGGACAAAGCUGAACAGCACUACUGUCACGCAUUCAGUGUGAAGAGUACUGAUCUGGCGACGGAGAUCUUGCUGACGCUGGGGCAAGCGUUUGAGGUCGCGUACGACAUGGCGCUGCAGGACAAGGCGGACGCGUCGGCGGCUCGCACGCUGGAGAAGAAGCUUCAGGGCUCCUCGCCGUCCGCGAGGAAGCGCAACCACCAGCACCAGCACCAGGGGUCGACGGGGUCGAAGAGUGGCAGCUCGAAAUCUAGUUCUAUGGAGGAGAUCAUUUGCUAGCCAUCGAGGUAUUAAGUUAUGUAGUAUGUUAUGUGAUAGCCAUUUAGGUAUUAAGUUACGUAAUAUGUCAUCUGCUAGCCACUGAACUACUAGGUUUUAUCAUACAGCAUCUGAUAGCCAUUUAGGUAUUAAGUUAUGUAAUAUGUCAUCUGCUAUUGCC